CACCCACACCCACUCACCACACCUGACUGACUCUUUGCAUCGAACUCAACCAGAUCGCAUAUCAUUUGGCCAAUGGUCGAGUUCCCUCACUCACAUCAGCCCUAUGGGCUCGAUCUGCAUGUCUGACCUGCACAAUGGGAGAGAUUGAGGCUUGGACUGUUUGGCGGUGUCGGUAACAGUCCGUCCUUCAUCGAUCCUUUUACGGUUUUCCAUUUCCAUUCGGAAAGCAGCGAGACGGAUGAUUCAUGAUGAAUCCUUGUUCUUCUUUCCAUUGCGGCAAUGCCACAAUCCCCUUACUUAUUCGGUCGUUUUCGUGCCAAUAUGCAAACACAUACUCCUUUGUCGUCGACCGAGACACAUGCCAUCCCAUGUUGUUUGUUGGCGUCAUGUCUGCUCACACGAGACACGAUAUGCAGUCAGAUCGAGAAAUGUGAAGGCGUUGGUCACGGGUUCUCUCGCUUCUCGCCUCACAAACUGGUGUACUUCAGUUCUCUCUUUCGGGCUCCCCUCUGCCACCUCAUGUCAACAUGCCCACCUCGGACUUGGGUUGUCACAAGUGUCGACCGCUUCGCAUUCCCAAGCAAGACCCGGCGUCCAUGAAGGGAUUACCAACUGAAGUGACCGGACCGCCCGAUGACUCAGGCCAGCAUUAUCGACUGCCCGGUCUCAGGACAUUCAACGCAUCGUCUACUACGACGUUGAUGUUCUCGUCAGGGCGUGGCAGAAACAACAACAACAACAACAAGACAAGACUUGGGAUGCUUUGAUUAUUCCAUUGUGUUCAAAGCAUGUCGCUCAUCAUCGGUUUCACAUCCUAUAAUGGCCGUUGUCUGGAUGAUCACAGGCGUCGCAAUCUGGGAAUGCCUUCUCUGGCUUCUGCGGGAUUGGUCGUGAAACGGUUCCGUCCAGCCGGACAUCCAAUCAGCGACACCAACUCCGGGUCUUCGAGGGAUGAUACAGUAUGUACAGUGGCGGAAGAGCCCUACAGCAUGCACGACACCCCCAAAUUGCCCCAAUGCUCCCGUUCUUCAGCGCAUCAGAAGCGUACGGGUUUCGAUGGCGCACCAUUCCGGCCCGUUGCAUGGAUGUGGUGCCGCUGUGUACCUAUCAUUUCCAUUUUGGGUCUCGCAGCGUCGACGACACCAUCACGAUACUACACAGUACCUCAGUCGAUCCAGUCUCUUCCGACAGUUCAAGUGAUGCCAAGUCCAUGGUGGUAUUUGGCGUGGUGAUUUGUUUCCGUCGUUUGUAUCAUGAUGGCUCUUCGGGCGAGCAGCUUGCCUCACGCUCAUACGUAGCUCAUGUAGCUCGAAGCGCGAGAUCCGUGGCUUUCGAAUUAGGGGCAUCAACAUCAACCAAGCAAACGUGUCGUGGAGCUGUGAACGAGAAUAUGUACCCGACCUAUCUGACCAAUAUAUCAAAUCGGUACUCGACAUGCACAAGGAACAGCGCUGAUACUACCCUCCACCAUCUCCUAGACGCCAUUGGAUGCCCCAGUCGAGGCCUGAACAGUGCGCAGCUGCGAUGAGCUUCCAUCUACACCGACCUUCCAAGCCAAGAGACUGUCAAAGAGGUACUCUGCAGUGUCUGUCUAUCCGUCCCCAUUGAUUCAGCCUUAUGCCCUCCGGGUUACGUCGCUAUACAGCGGCAUCUCCUCUACGAGCUCCGCGCCGGCACACCCCACGAAACCAUCAUCAAGGACCGCGACUUCGCCUUGUUCUGACAUGAUACUACCGUCUCUCCGCGUCACCCUAGAGGCCGGCAUAGGAAAUGAAAGCACCGCCUCCUCCAGGAACCGCUUCAAUAAAUAAGAACAAGACCCCUUCUUGAACAAGGUCUAUCUGGAGGUAACCCGUUUCCUGGCUUCUUCUUCUCACGGGAUUCUGCACAGACUGAUACUCUUGGCUUAUAUCUUUGUGGUCUAACAGAAACCAUACACCUGCCCAAUACCGUCCAAAUCCUCUUCAUGGCUCUGAAUCACCAUCAGCCAAAGGUGGACCGUGUGAGAGAAGGAUUCACCAGCUAUGCCGUCGGGGAGAUUGAUGCUUUUUCGUAUCAGGUGCCGACUACUACAUCCAAGGAAAACCCAUAUUCCGAGACACAUACCGACAACAUCUGGCAAGAGACCGACUACUUUCCGACUUACGAUCAUGAUCUCAUCAGCAAACACUCCCGCGCCUCGCUUGCCUCGACAUCUAGACGGAGCUCAGCUGCUCCCAGCAUCUUUUCGACUGCUGGCCUAAGAAUCUCAACUGCCUCGACGGCAUACUCACGAUAUUCGGUUCGACAACACUCCGUGGACUCGGCGGAUCCUAAUAUGUCUGCAACACCUUGUAGUUCUGGGAAAUGCGAUGACGGCUUCAACACCGAUGACUACCCACCUCGCUAUCAUUGCACAUUCUGCGACGCCAUGUUUGCGUGUCCCGGCCAGUGGAGGGAUCACGAACUCAGGGAUCACGACAGACCCGAGGAGCAUUUGUGCUCCAUUUGCCACGAUUCUUUCUCUGAACGACCAUCUCUUGCAUCCCAUUGUCGAGAUGUUCACAAUCUUUCUUCUUCCCCAACGACUCAACACAUAGUCAAGCUACCGACAAGAGGUGCUUGGGGAUGUGGAUUCUGCGGUGCCUUCGUGCAGUCGCGUCCUGACUACCUAGAUCACGUCGGCCGGCACUGCGAAGAAGGCAUGCAAAGAGCCCAUUGGCAGCACUCCUCUGUGAUUCGUGGCCUUCUAAAACAGCCAAAGAUAGCGGAAGCAUGGGACCGCCUGGUUACGAACCAAGAGCGGGAUCGAGGUACCAGGUUGCAUUUUACGUGGGAUGAACAGGCGACCGGACGACACGCGGCCACGGAGGCUGACGACGCCCGCAAUCCCUCUCGGUUGCAAGACAUACUUGAGUUCUUUGCAAACAGCUCUUCGGACCCCCAGUACAUCGCGCAAUAUGCCUUUGACACGGCUCAAAUUAGAACCGAACAGAACGUCAAUAGUCUCGUCAAGGCGUACUACUCUCAUGGCUUGCGCCCGUUGCCGGAGAGUCCAGGUGACAUCACUUCACCUCGAGUUGAUGGAAUGAGCUACCUAAACCUCGAGCAGUCCGCGCCCCAAAUCAGUACUAAAAACUCCGACAAUCCUGUACCGGCUGAAUCUUCAUUUCCCGUGUCAUUCGCGGGGGCAAUUUCUACUGCAGCGUUUCUUUCGCAAGCAACUGUCGUCGAAUCUGGACUAAGUCCCGCUUGGGACCCCUACGCUCGCACCCAAUUAUCCAAGGCAAGCCAGGAUCGAGAAACGGACAUUGCACCGCAUCACACAAACUCGCCCAACACCACAGAGAGCGCUCCUUCUCCUGUGACAAUGACCAAUGCAUUUUUACACACGAAAUCGACUCCAUCACCAAUACGAAAAGGGCUACGUCGGAUAGAUAGCGAUAGACGUCUUGAUGCUCUCAAACCUGGAACUGUGGACUUGGUCCGAGGGGAAGAUCUCCAACGUCCACGGACUGCUUUGGCCUCAAAUUACACCAGAGCCCCAAUUGCAGUAUCUGUGGAACAUGGCGUUGAGGCCAGUCAGCAACCCUCUCUUUCAGAUGCUGUGCUUAAAUCUGCUCCCAUGAAUAACGUCGUUCGCAAGGACUGGCUGCUUGUUUCGAAGCCAGGGAGCCGCUCUUCCAUUGGGUCACCGUCUGUCUCAAGCAUGCGAUCUGAUAUUACCAGGAAAGGAUUCUCGACCCACGAUGAUAGCACUAGUGAACAUGUCUCAGAUGACAGUCUCUCUGACCCAGAUCUUUGGGCAGAACACAACAUCGGCGAUGACAACAGUAGAGCUUGGAGCAAAGCGUAUCAGCAGGCCAUCAACAUGGCGCUACAACGACUUUGGUCCCAGUAUAACCACAACUGGGAUGCAUUAAUCAGAUCAUGUGUCGGAAGUGCAGGGAGCAGCAACACCGACAGAAUGGAUCCAUAUCGAGCGAGAAAAGCCACACCGUCUCGGCGAAAGCCGGACGGAAGCCUUCGACCUCCGAGUUCACGGCGGACCUCCGAUGACGAUGACGAUGACGACGAUGAUGACGGUAGUCAGCUCUCGCCUUAUGCUUCCAGGCCUGGGUCCGCAACAUCGAAGAGAUUUGCUUGCCCGUUCCGUAAGCACAAUCCAGAAAAGUACAACCGCGUGGAUUAUGAUAUUUGCGCCAACAAGGACUGGCCAACCAUUCCAAGGUUAAAGGAGCAUCUAUAUCGGAGACACUACAAGAUCCAUUGUCAACGGUGCAAGCAAACUUUCAGCGAUGCGAGACAGCUCACGAUUCACGAGAUGGCCCCAGAAGCUUGCGAACUCCUCGACGUCAAACCGCCUGGAGACAUUACUACGUCACAAGAACGGCAGCUCAAGUCCAGAAAACAUACAUAUCGGCGCCAAAGCGACGAAGAAAAAUGGAGAGAGAUUUAUCGACUGCUGUUCCCCAACGAUAUUGUACCGUCGCCUUAUCCCGAAUACGCAGAGGACUUCCAGCCUAUGGCAGCCGAGUCUCGCAACGUUCUGGAAUUCCAACACUACCUGUUGACGGAAAUGCCCAGGCUUUUCACGCAAGCUGCCUACGAAUACGCUGGACAACACAUACAAGAACAAGUGCUGCUACGGAUUGACGACGUCAACAAGAUCAUCGAAGAUACUUUGCAACAGGCCUACGAUACAUGGACAUUACAGGGACGUCUGCUUCCGCCGAACAUCAGCCCAUCCAUCUCAAUGCGCGAGUUCCAGGCUGCACCGGCUACACAGGCCGGGCAUUUGAGCAGCAUGCCAUCGACAACCUGGUCCGAACCACCUAUGCCACCUCGUCCAUACAUUCAUGAACAGUCAGCUGCUCCUCUGUUGCCCAAUACCUCUUCUCCGGAGUAUACACUCUUCUCAGUGGCAUCUGAAAUGGACGCGAUGCUCUCGCUCGACGACAUCGAUAUCCCUGUUUCCAAUCCGGCUGGGGUUGGAUCUGCACCGAAUUACACGAUCAAUGACUACAUGACGACGGGGCCUGAUGUGCAGUAUACUGGCGUCGGCUUUUUUCCUUAUGAUAAUAAUACGGGGGGUAAUCAGGAUUGGUUCUAAGCCACUCCUGCCGAUACGAGUGGCACAAAUCCCCCCCCAAAGACCAAAUACAAUGGCUAGAUUAGGUUACACGAAGACGAACGAAGACGCGGGCUGUUUCCCAUGUUGUCAACUGCAGCAGCCAUUUUGCUGCGAACCUUUCCACCUUUUUGAAACUUGGGGUAAUAUUGACGGAAUGGCCAGUGCCUGUCUCUUGGACAAGUCAUUUACUGUUCUUCACAGCUUGUUGCGGUUAGUUCGCGAUAGACAGCGAACACUAGAUUUCAUUUUAAUAGACCAUUUUGAAGCGUAUCACCUUGUCCUCCUUUUCCUCAGAUUCACCAUCCUGUAACCUGGAUCUAACCUGGGUUGUUUUCCUUUCUCAUUUAUACGACCGACCGGUAUAAACAAGAUGGCUACGGUACGGUUCAGAAGGCCGUCAACGAGUUUUGAUAUGUUAUAUUCUACUUCGAAAAGAGGAUAAAUCAGUAAGGAAAUAUUUUGUACAUGGCAUUGAAUUUAGAGUGAAUCAAAUAUAAAACUGCC